CACACUACCACUAUUCCGCGAACCAGCAACGUCCAUUGAGAAAAAGAAGUGAACAGGGGACUCGUGUCAAUCAUCGGGCCAGCGGAACAGUGUCAUCAUCAUUGUACAGAUGGACCCCCGAUCAGCUCGACCGUCGACAACAACACCAGGUGCCUCCAAUCCCUUCCCCUCCCCCUCGCCCAGCCUCAGUGUCGCCCACAUACCUGGCGCUGGAGUCCCGACCAUCCCGGUCGACGUCGUUUCCUCCGAUGGCAUCAACGGCUACAACACGGCCCUGGUCACCGAGUUGUUGAGGCACAAGCGCAAAGCCCGCGAUGUCAAGUCCUGCUUCCCUUGCCGACACCGAAAGGUCCGCUGCGACGGCGGUCUUCCAUGCUCCAACUGCGUCAAGAGAGACCACGUCUCGCUGUGUCGCCGCGUCACUACCACUCCCGGAGCCUCCUCGUCAGUGACCACCAAGUCCACCGUCACCAAGCGAAUAUCCUCGUCAGUCGCCGCUACUUCGCCGAGAUCUGUCGGCGGCGGCGAUCCUUACAACGCCGGGAGUAAUGGGUUUGCUACUUUUGACCCCACGACAACGGGGCAACAACAACAGCAGCAGCAGCAGCACAAUGGCUAUCUUGACAAUAGCUCUCCAGACGUUGGAGUCAACGGAUGCAUCCUCGAACGUCUCGAAAACAUUGAGAGGCAAAUCCAAGCUCUCAAGUCGGACUUGGUCCAGCGCCGGUCCAACCGAGCAUACCAGAAUGCCGGCAACCAGCAACCCUAUGCCCAAUCAGAUGCGCAAACACCAUCAGUGUCGCAGUAUUCCGAGCAUCAGCACCACCACCACCAACAACCAGAUACUCCCGACCUUCUCCCCCGCCUAGACUCGUUAGUAGCCACCACCACCACCACCUACGGCAACCACCACAGCGCUUCCCACGACAACCGUAAACCGUCUUCCACCCAAGCCCGCUACGGCGCCACCCCGCCUGCCAUCUCUCAGCUCGAAGCAACCUCCCUCUUCCGCGGAAAACAUUUUGUCGAAGAAGCCACAGGCGCCACCAUUUUUCUUGGUAGGCGUGCCGACCCUCCUCUUUCACUCGGCUGCUUCCAGGACCCUGCCCCUCUCUUCUCUCCCGGCGGGGACGCCGGCCUCAACGGACAGGGCGGAGCAGGAGGAGUCAGACACCACCAAGUCCAGCUGACCCCGCGGACGUAUCCAUUCACCAACCUGUGGACCCCCGAGGCCAAGCUAGGCGACGUUUGUCGGACACUGCCUUGUCAGAGCGACAUCAUUCGGUACUGGCAGGCUUUUGAGACGUAUGUCUAUCCGUUUUACCCGAUUCUCAUGGCGCCCGACGAGUUCCGGGCGAGUAUCUAUGCCUUCUUGUCGAGGCAGCCGAUGAUGAGUAGAGCGCAGCAGCAGGAGGCCGAGGGGGGGAUGGGGAAUGGCAAUGGCAUGGCAGGAGGGCCGACGAUGAGUUGGAUCGAGGAAAAUACGGAUCCGAGCUGGCUGGCCUUGUUGUUUGGUGUGCUGGCGUGUGGGACCCAGUUUAGCGAGGAUACGGCGGAGGAGAGGCGCAUGAUCAUCUGGCAAGACACCUUCCUUUCCCUCACCUACGACCGCCCGCCCGUCGCAACCUCCACCAUCCUGCACAAUGACAUGCUCGGCACCCACCGCCACCUUGCCUCCUCGCGCUCUUCCAGCGUCAACCCCGACCCCACGAAAUACACCUUUACAGAAACCGUCUUCCGAGUUUGCCUUGUCGUUCUCGACUGGACCCGCGAGGGCACCGCGACUGCCCAAUCUCCUACUGCCUUGUUCGGGACGGAAAAAGACCGCCGCUACUCGCAAAUACACUCGCUGCUUCAUUUUAAGCGCCAGUUCGAGCUGGUCCUCCAAGAUGCAGUCCAGUACCUCAGGGAUGACUCGCACUGCAAGACUCGCCAAGAGCAUUUGGAGCGAUUGGGGCUCCAGAUCCAUGGGGCCAGUGCAUUGUGUAGGAUGUAUCGAUCGUGUGUGAAUUCGCUGCGUGAGGAUCGUGGCCAGCAAGGGGGAUAUGACGCGGUCGGGAUCCAGGGACAAGAGGAAGAACAGCUGACGAGCGACUACGCCAUGUAUGCCACCGAAGCUGUUCGUGGAUUCCUGGAUAUGUACCAGUUGAGUCCGACCGUGUGUCGGUCGUGGCCGUUUGUGCAUAAUGCGGUUAGUUCGGCGGUGAUGUUGAGAGAGAUUCUGGUUGGUGGUGGCCCAGGGGGCUCGUCGACUCCUACUUCUAGCCAUCAACAGCAUCAGCAGCAACAGCAGGGAAGCGGAAUGCAGGCACUAAGAGAGGAAUGGACGAGAAGGAGCGAACCCCUGGUUCAAAAGCUGAUUGCCGUCUUGGAAAAGGAGGAGAGGGAGAGAAAUACACGAUGGACUGGUCUGGCAUUGUAGACAUAGUAGCAUACAUGGAGUUUGUGUUUUUGGAAAGAGAUGUCAAGUUUUGGAUGUUGGAUUCAUGUUUACGUCAGUUCUGUUAGUAGAGAUACACGUGUAAUGUCAGAUGAACUGUUGGCACCUGCCGGCCAUGCAUUCUGCGGUCAUCUGACUGUAGUGAUCCAGCGUGGCAGGUGUUUCUCGAUCAA